UAUUUUAUUUUAUUUAUUUAUUUAUUGAUUCGUUAUUUUCGUUCCCCAUUUUGAUGUAUUUGGCUAUCUGGAAUUCAUUUUGUACCCGAACGCGGACAUGGUCAUAUAGGUGUCCCAUUCUGAUGACCUCGCGGAUCUUUAACAAAUUCCGUGAAGGUAGCUUCCAGCAGCAAGAAAACGACGUCGUGGAGUGUAUUUUGCACUUUCUCACUUGACAGGGAAUUUUCCGAUCUAAGAUCGACGGCAACGUCGACGGCGAUAUGGUACACAGUGCCUACGAUUCCUUCGAGCUCCUGAGUGAUUGCCCAACCAAGAUAGAGGCAAUCGUAUCGUACGGUGAGAAGCUUCUCCUGGGAUGCACAGAUGGAUCUCUCCGAAUCUACGCUCCAGAAUCCUCCAGUUCGGACCGUUCCCCAACGUCGGAUUACGAUGCUCAAAAGCUGGAGCUGCAUAAGGAACCGUACGUACUGGAGAGAAACGUGACCGGUUUUUCAAGGAAGCCUCUGGUAUCAAUGGAGGUAUUGGGAUCGAGGAAGCUCCUAUUGUCGCUCUCGGAAUCGAUUGCGUUCCAUAGGCUCCCAAAUUUGGAGACCAUCGCGGUGCUCACCAAAGCCAAAGGCGCCAAUGUGUAUUGCUGGGAUGAUCGCAGAGGAUUCUUGUGCUUCGCGAGGCAAAAGAGGGUCUGUAUUUUCAGACACGACGGGGGACGAGGAUUCGUGGAGGUGAAAGAAUUUGGAGUUCCGGACACUGUGAAAUCGAUGUCAUGGUGCGGUGAAAAUAUCUGCCUUGGGAUUAGAAGAGAGUAUAUGAUACUGAAUGCUUCAAAUGGUGCAUUGUCUGAGGUAUUUCCUUCAGGGAGGCUUGCUCCACCUUUGGUGGUCUCUCUCCCUUCUGGAGAACUCCUUCUCGGAAAGGAUAAUAUUGGAGUUUUUGUGGAUCAAAAUGGGAAGCUUCUUCAAGAAGGAAGAAUUUGUUGGUCUGAGGCUCCUACAGUUGUUAUCAUAAAGAAGCCAUAUGCAAUAGCUCUGUUACCGAGAUUUGUCGAGGUUCGGUCUCUUCGAGCUCCAUAUCCGUUGAUACAGACUGUUGUUCUUCGAAAUGUUCGUCAUCUUAUUCAAAGCAAUAAUGCUGUAAUUGUUGCACCAGAGAAUUCUGUUUACGGUCUCUUCCCUGUUCCUCUUGGUGCACAGAUUGUGCAAUUAACAGCAUCUGGUGAUUUUGAGGAAGCCUUGGCAUUGUGUAAGCUGCUUCCCCCAGAAGAUUCAACCCUUAGAGCUGCAAAGGAGGGGUCAAUUCAUAUAAGAUAUGCACACUAUCUUUUUGAGAAUGGGAACUAUGAGGAGGCCAUGGAACAUUUUUUGGCUUCUCAAGUUGAGAUAACCUAUGUGCUUUCGUUGUAUCCAUCUAUUAUUCUUCCGAAGACUACUGCAGUUCCUGAGCCAGAAAAGCUAACAGACAUUUCAUGGGAUUCAUCACAUCUCUCAAGAGCAUCAUCAGAUGUGUCAGAUGAUAUGGAACUCCCACUACCGCCACACCUAUCGGAAUCUGAUGAGAGUGCUGCACUUCAGUCCAAAAAAAUGAGUCACAAUACUCUCAUGGCUCUCAUUAAGUAUUUACAGAAGAAGAGAUUCAGUGUAAUUGAGAAAGCCACUGCUGAAGGAACAGAAGAGGUUGUUUUAGAUGCUGUUGGUGAUAAUUAUUCAUUGUAUGACUCUAACAGGUUUAAAAAACUAAACAAGGGGCGUGGUAACAUCCACAUUAGCUCUGGUGCAAGGGAGAUGGCAGCAAUACUGGAUACAGCACUCCUCCAAGCUCUGCUUCUUACUGGACAAUCUUCAGCAGCUUUGGAAUUACUGAAAGGUCUUAACUACUGUGAUUUGAAAAUAUGUGAGGAGAUUCUCCAAAAAAAAGGUCAUCACACAGCUUUAUUAGAACUCUACAAGUGCAAUUCAAUGCACCGUGAAGCUCUUAAACUUUUGAAUCAAUUGGUAGAGGAGUCAAAAUCUUAUCAAAUGUCAGCUGAGCUGACACAAAAAUUCAAGCCUGAUUCAAUUAUUGAGUAUCUCAAGCCUCUCUGUGGGACUGACCCCAUGCUUGUCCUGGAGUUUUCAAUGCUUGUGCUCGAAAGUUGUCCAACACAGACAAUUGAGCUCUUUUUAUCUGGAAAUAUUCCAGCUGACUUGGUCAACUCUUAUUUGAAGCAGCAUGCUCCAAACAUGCAAGCCACAUACUUGGAGCUUAUGCUUGCAGUGAAUGAAAAUGGAAUAUCUGGAAAUCUGCAAAAUGAAAUGGUGCAUAUUUAUCUCUCAGAAGUACUUGAUUGGCAUGCUGAUUUAAGUGCUCAACAGAAAUGGGAUGAGAAAGCUUAUUCCCCGACAAGAAAGAAAUUAUUGUCUGCUUUAGAUAGCAUCUCAGGAUAUAAUCCAGAGGCUUUGUUGAAACGGCUUCCUGCAGAUGCUUUGUAUGAAGAGCGCGCAAUUUUGUUGGGAAAAAUGAACCAACACGAGCUUGCCUUAUCUCUAUAUGUGCACAAGCUUCAUGUUCCUGAGCUGGCACUAUCGUAUUGUGAUCGGGUGUAUGAUUCUACGGUUCAACCAUCUGCAAGAUCUUCUGGCAAUAUAUAUCUCACUCUUCUCCAAAUUUAUCUUAAUCCACGGAGAACAACUAAAAACUUUGAGAAGCGAAUUACAAAUUUGGUAUCACCUCAGAAUAUAAAUGGUAUUCCAAGGGUUGGUUCUGCUACUUCAGUUAAAGGUAAAGGGGGUCGUGCAGCUAAGAAAAUUGCUGCCAUAGAGGGGGCAGAGGACACUCGAGUCAGUACAAGUAGCACCGACAGUGGCAGAAGUGAUGGAGAUGCAGAUGAAUCUAGUGAGGAAGGAGGAUCUAAUAUUAUGCUUGACGAGGUUCUAGAUUUGUUGAGUCGAAGGUGGGACAGAGUAAAUGGAGCUCAGGCCCUCAAACUUCUACCCAGGGAAACUAAACUACAGAACUUGCUUCCAUUUCUUGGACCCUUACUUAGGAAAUCAAGUGAAGCACAUAGAAACUUUUCAGUAAUCAAAAGCUUGAGACAGAGCGAAAACCUGCAGGUCAAAGAUGAUCUCUAUAAUCAAAGGAAACCAGUUGUAAAGAUCACCGGUGAUAGCAUGUGCUCUCUUUGCAACAAGAAAAUAGGGACAAGCGUUUUUGCUGUGUACCCAAACGGGAAAACACUAGUCCAUUUUGUCUGCUUUAGGGACUCACAGAGUAUGAAAGCUGUGGCCAAAGGGCCUCUAAGGAAACGAUGAUAACCUGUGGUCAUCUGCAGGUUAAGAAAUGUUUUCCCCAUUUCAGAAUUUGUGUUCUGUUCUCGAACGACUAAUCCUGUUUGGGUGUGAGGUUUGCGAGUUUGAGAAACGUUUCAAGUUUCAUUUGUUUGGGUAAAUAUAAAUAUUAUAUCAUGUUGUAGAGAAUGUAAAGAUUGUAAUGUAGGUUUUCCGUUAUUUAGCGGCGAAGAUGUAUUCUUUGGCUUC